UAUUUAUAUUUUUGAUGGCACUAAUGGAUGCCUACCCAUAGACAUUUAAAUAUUUUCAACAACCGAGUCUCUACUGUUUAGUGCUAAACGUUCUAGAAUUAGUUUGACAUUAAAAGCCAAAGCUUGACAGAAAGUUGUUCAUAAAGAAACAUUAGCAUUCUACUAACAGUUUGACAACAAUGAAAUGCCAUCUUCCUUGCUAUUAUCUUCAACAAGUGCAUGCUGUGAGGAUGCCAUAAACCAAGAGUCUCAACAACGACUGGUUCAAAUAUACUUUCAGUAGCUUUCACCACGUCUUCAUGACGGCAGUCCUUCUCCAAAACUCCAGCUUCUGCUGCUGCUUCAGCACGAUUCGCUGCCUGUAUUAUAUAUGAAGGCUGGAGAUAAUUUCUCACUGAAAGAUCAAAGUAAGUUGGCAAGCCACACUGGAAAUCCGGGUGAAAAAUGUCACCAGGUCUACUGUUAGAUGUAGUGGUACAACGCUGCUCCCGUCGACAUCGGGAGUCAUCAACAAGAAGAGUGUGAAAUAGUGUGUCACAAAGGACGUCGUGUCGUUCGAUAACCAAGUUUGUCUUCUGAUCGCACCCUAGGAGAUGAUCACCAAAUUCGUCUAACGAGGAUCCACAAAGACAAAGAUCAGAAUUAGGCGAAGGAGGGAAAAUGCCAACACCAAGCCAGACUCGUAAUGCUUUAAUAGACUUCCUGCUGGGCAUGGCAAGGCCUAGAUUAGGAUUAGGCAAUGCCCGCAACCACGCCCCAGCAUGUUGAGCUGAAAUAUUUAUUGCUCCGGAACGAUUGACUGGUGAAACAGAUCCUUCCAAAGGACAGAAAAUUGAUGUUUAUGGAUUUGCGAUUGUGUUGGCAGCUGAAAGAAAUGGCAAGGCCAUAUGCAUGUUGCUGAGAAUUCUGUUUCUGCUAUUCGUGAGAACGUAAUUGGUGGUGUACGGCCAAAGAUAAGUGAAGAUCGCAGCUGUCCAUCGGGCUUAGUACAGCUCAUCAGAGUUUGCUGGAUGUCAGGCCAGACUUCAUGCCCAUUAAGAACCAACUUGUUGAAGUCGUACGUUCCUUUGAGUCUAACACCACCACCGGUUCAGUUACAGAUGACGGUGGAGCUGUAUCUAGCCAUACACUUGAGAUGGGGCCAGUCGACAAAGUGACUGAGACACAAGUAGUCGACGUGGCUGCUGAGAUUGGCACAGAUUGGCCUCAAUUUGCCGUUCUCAUUCUUCCACAUAUGUUUUCAACCAAAGUGAUCAAGGAAAUUAAACAAGAUAACGGGUCAACAUUUGAACAAGCUCGAGCAAUGCUCGAAAAAUGGACUAAUGCCUUGGAUAGGGAUGCUACGUGUUGCAAAGUUAUCAUAGCCCUAUUGAGAAUGGAAUUGAAACGUCAGGCUGUUUCUGUAUUUUCUAGAGAAUUAGUAGAACACGUUGAACAAAAAUAUUUACUAUAAUUUUUAUUGGGGAUGCAGACAUUGAAUUAGCAUUUUUACGUAUUUUUUGUUGUAUUGAAACCUCUUGUGUGACUGGGUGACUGGCUAGUUUACUAGUUUAGAUUUUACUUAUUUUACUGUUACUGUAAUGUACAUAGAAUUAUGUUAAAUAUACCUCAAAGGUAUUGAUUUAGU